CCGGUCCGCAUCAGCCAAAAGCCAACAGCACAAAAAAAAACACCAAGAUGUUUCCCACGCGAGCUCUCUUCUCUCGCUCGGUCUGGAAGGGCCCGAACAUCGUCCCGUACGUCCUCGUCGCAUUUAUUUCCCUUUCCUUCCCCUACCUACAUUAUAACCUGUUAUCAACACCGCAACUCAAUGCCAUUACCUUCGACUCCUAGUCGAUUAAACUCGUCACUGAACACACAUACGAUGGAUCUAGAGAUAUAUACUAACAGAAGCUAUGAAUAGUCUCCCUCUCCCCCGCAAACUCCCCGCUCCGCCAGGAACACCACCGAUCAAGACGCAGAAGCGCAGCGCUACGAUCCUGCCUAACUUCGUGGGAUUGAAGUUCCAGGUUCACAAUGGGAAGAUUUAUCAAGAUGUUGUGAUCACGGAGGAGAUGGUCGGGAGGAAGUUGGGGGAGUUUGUUGCGUGAGUUUUUUUUUUUCUCUUUUCCUUUUUUUUUUCUUUCUUUCUCUCCUGGGGAGGAUGGGGUGGGAUAUGGAAGGUUGGGGAGGUUGGAGGCUUUGGGUGACAAGAGGACGGUUGGGAGAUAUUCGGGAGAACGAGAGAUUCGAUUGGCGUGUGAUCAUGAUGAUGAUGAUGAUGAUGGAAUCACUGCUAACUGAAUCGUUUCGAUAGGACUCGGAAGAGAUUCACGUACAAGCAGUCGAAGAACAAAUGAUUGCUUUUAGGGUUGUGUGUGGCUGUCUGGCUAUGUGGCUAUCCUGCUGUGUGCUCUGCAUUGGA